AUGCUUUUGGAUCUCCGCCUCGCCGCGACCUUCGGGUUGUCAUUGACAGUGCCCGCUCUUGCCCAGACUUUCGACUGGUCUGCGGCUUACGCAAAAGCUAAUGCUUCCCUUGCUAAGCUGUCGCUCCAGGAGAAAGUGAACAUUGUCACUGGCGUGGGUUGGGACAAGGGGCCUUGCGUCGGAAACACACUGGCUAUAUCCUCUAUCAACUACCCUCAGCUCUGUCUACAAGACAGUCCCCUAGGCAUUCGCUUUGGCAAGGCCUCGACAGCCUUCACACCCGGCAUUCAGGCCGCUUCAACAUGGGACAUUGAUCUGAUUCGCCAGCGGGGUCAGUUCAUGGGGGCCGAAGCAAAGGGUGCCGGCGUUCACGUCCAAUUGGGUCCCGUAGCUGGGCCACUCGGGAAAAUUGCACAGGGUGGCCGAAAUUGGGAGGGCUUUGGCCCCGAUCCAUACUUGACUGGCAUUGCCAUGGCGGAGACCAUCCAAGGAAUGCAGGGUUCGGGUGUCCAGGCUACCGCAAAGCACUACAUCCUGAACGAGCAAGAGAAGAAUCGCGAGACCAUGUCUAGCCACGUCGACGACAGGAGCAUGCACGAACUUUAUCUUUGGCCGUUCGCCGACUCGGUCAAAGCUGGAGUGGCUAGUGUGAUGUGCAGUUACAACAAGAUCAACGGCACAUGGGCUUGUGAAAAUGACAACGCGUUGAACAAGUUGUUGAAGCAGGAGCUUGGGUUCCAGGGUUAUAUCAUGACAGAUUGGAAUGCCCAGCACUCGACCGUCCAAGCGGCUAAUACAGGUCUUGAUAUGACCAUGCCUGGCUCCGACUUCAACGGCGGUACAAUUCUCUGGGGACCGCAGCUUACAAGUGCGGUGAAUAGCGGACAGGUAGCUCAAAGCCGCGUAGAUGAUAUGGUGCGACGAGUUCUGGCGGCAUGGUAUCUUGUUGGACAAGAUGCGGGAUAUCCUUCCAUCAACAUCCAGGCCAACGUCCAGGGAGACCACAAGACCAACGUGCGAGCGGUCGCAAGGGAUGGGAUCGUUCUGUUGAAAAACACAGGCUCGAUCCUGCCGCUCAAGAAGCCCACGAAACUCGCUCUCGUCGGCUCUGCAGCUGUUGUUAACCCAGCCGGGGCUAAUGCUUGCACAGAUAGAGGAUGUAAUGUCGGAUCUCUUGGUCAGGGAUGGGGAAGCGGGACUUCGGAGUAUCCCUAUCUCUCAGCUCCCUACGAUGCAUUAAAAACCCGGACCUCGGCCGACGGCACGACCUUGAGUGUGAGCAGUAGCGACAGCACGGGAAGUGUGGCCGGCACAGUGUCGGGUGCUGAUGCUGCUAUUGUCGUUGUUACAUCAGAUUCAGGCGAGGGAUACAUCACCGUUGAAGGGAAUGCUGGAGACAGGAGUAACCUCGAUCCUUGGCAUAAUGGCAAUGCCCUAGUCCAAGCAGUGGCAGCGGCGAACAAGAAUACCAUCGUUGUGGUCCAGAGUGUUGGCCCGGUUAUCCUUGAGAACAUCCUGGCGCUUGAUGGUGUUAAGGCUGUUGUAUGGGCAGGCCUAGGCAGUCAGGAAAGCGGCAAUGCGUUGGUAGAUAUCUUGUAUGGCUCAACAAGCCCUAGCGGAAAGCUUCCUUACACUAUCGCAAAGUCCGCUACGGACUACGGCACGACCGUAGCUGCCGGAGAUGACAGCUUUCCUGAGGGAUUAUAUAUUGAUUACCGACACUUUGAUCAAGCUAAUAUUGUCCCGAGAUACGAAUUCGGGUUCGGACUGUUGGCUACCGUGACAGCAACAAUCACUAACAGUGGCUCCGUGGGCGGCGCCGAAGUCCCUCAGCUUUAUCUUACACUGCCGUCCAGUGCUCCGGCAGCGCCUCCCAAGCAACUCCGUGGAUUCACCAAACUAUUACUUCAGCCCGGCGCGAGUAGUAUCGCGACCUUUAACCUCCGAAGAAGAGACCUCAGCUAUUGGGAUGUAGCCAGUCAGAAUUGGGUUGUGCCCAAGGGAACCUUUGGUGUCAGUGUUGGGGCUUCGAGUCGGGAUGUGAGACUGACUGGGAGCAUCACCGUCUCUUGA